AGUACGUUUCAUUUUCUAAUAAUAUAUAUUUAACUUAUAUUCAUCAGAAAAGGGAAACUUUUCAAAAUAGCAAGACUUCAGAAAAUGAUUUGUAUUCAUCAAAUAAAUUGAAUUAAGUAAAUUUUAUUAUUACCAAAAUUAUAAGAUUAAAUGGGGAGUAAAUUAUCAACAGGAUCUGUAAUCAUUCCUGAGGGUCUUGGAAGUGUAGUUUAUGAUCAAAAGGGAAUGAUACAUAAUCAUCAGAUCAAAUCUGGGUCUGUGCAUUCACUACGAGGUGGUAAGCCUGUUAAUCAAGAUUCAGCUGUUCUUUGUCAGGGUUAUGGAUCAGAAGAAGGUGUAUUUUGUGGAGUAUUUGAUGGUCAUGGAAAAAAGGGUCAUUUAGUGAGCAAGGCUAUAAGAACCCGUUUGCCAUUACUACUGCUGGAUCAAAAGAAUAAAUCAGUUUCAGAUCAGGUGAAGAAUAGGAAUGAAUCUGAUGAAAGUGGUUCAUCACCAAACAAACAGCUAAACGAAUGGAAACAGGCUUGUUUUAAUGCUUUUGAAGAAAUGGAUGAAGAGAUUAAAAUGGUGGAAAAAGUGGACUACUCUUUUAGUGGAAGUACUGCUGUUGUUGUUCUCAAACAGGGUGAUGAUCUUCUCAUUGCUAACCUUGGGGAUUCAAGGGCUAUACUUGGAAUUAAUGGAGAAAAUGGAGUUACAGCUGUUCAAUUAACGACUGAAUUAAAGCCUGGUAUACCAGAGGAAGCUAAAAGAAUAAGAAGGUUCAAUGGUCGGGUUUUUGCACGGAGGAAUGAAGCCGGUUUUCCACGAGCAUGGUUACCUGAUUCACAGAGUCCAGGAAUGGCAAUGUCUCGAUCCUUUGGAGACUUGGUUAUGAAACAUUAUGGCAUUAUCUCUACCCCAGUUAUCACUGAUCAUCACAUAACUUCUAACGAUCUAUUUAUCCUGCUUGCGACUGACGGAGUAUGGGAUGUGCUUAGCAACGAGGAAGUAGCCUUAAUUGUAUGGGGCGCAGAGAAUGAGAAGAUGGCAGCAAAAAGUGUUGUGGAUGCAGCCGUUCAAGCUUGGAAAAUCAAGAUUCCUUGUGAUAAGCGGGAUGAUUGCACAGCUGUGUGCUAUUUUCUACAGAAAAAGACUAAAAUACAACCACACAUUACCUCUUGAAUCAUUCUAACAAACAUGAUCAGGUGGUCUCACCAUAUACAAGUAUAAAUUGAUUUGGACUCUGAACUGUAGGAAUGUGUACAGGAAGGAUUUCGGCUUGUCUUCUAAGGACUUGAAAUUGAAGAACAUGGAUCGGAAGACCUUGCUUUGAAGCUAACGAAAAAUGAGAUGGAUUGAAAAUGCAGAUGCAAAUCGAUCGUGAUAAGAAGACCUGUGAAAUACCGUAAUAGUUUGUGUAAUAUAUGAUGCCCUAUUUCUUUAUGCAUUAGGGCGGAGUUUCUAUGGAGCUAUUUAUGGAUGAUGGCAGAGCGACAUAGCGAAUAAUGAGGUUAAUUGACCCAGUUAACAAUAUUUUUUUAUACACUUGUAUCAUUAUAUUGUAAAUUAUAAUUUUUUUGUGCAAAUUUGACCAUUUUUACCUAACAUACUUUUAUGAGGUUCUUGAUGAAUAUUGAUAUAGGAUGGCUGUUGAUGAAUAUUGAAAUUAAGAACUAACUAUUGAGAAAUUAAACAAGCA